AUGGUUGGCCAAUAUUUGUUGCAAUCUUCAAAACCACUCCUUAUAAAAUGAUCUUUUUUGUUCCUCAAUAACACACUUCAUUAGAUUACUUCUAAAACUGUAUCACUAGAGAACUAAUAGCUUACCUAUGGCUGAAAAGCUUACCUCAAAAACCCAUGGCCAAAAUGGUGCACAAGACGCCAAGGGCGGGUCUACAUCAGGCGAAGGGUUGUCAGUUGAAUACCCUUCGUCGGAAAAUAAUACUGAGCUGAAAUUCCUGACUUCGUCACCGCAAGACGUGGCCCAAGUGGCUGUGGUCAUGGUACCACUUCCAGCCCAAGGCCAUCUAAAUCAACUCCUCCAUCUCUCUCGACUCGUUUCCUCGUACAAUAUCCAUGUCCAUUAUGUUGGAACCAUUGCUCACAUUCAACAGGCGAAAAUUCGGGCUCAUGGUUUUGAUCCUCUCACCACAACAAACAUUCAUUUCCAUGAAUUUCAAACACCUUCUUUUGAAACUCCCCUUCCAAAUCCUAAUGCUUCUAACAAAUUCCCAAACCAGCUAAUGCCUUCUUUCUACGCCACGUUCCAUCUCCGCGAGUCAGUUUGUGCUCUAGUACGCGAACUUUUGAGCAAGAAUCUUAAGAAAGUGGUUGUUAUUUAUGAUAAUUUGAUGAAUUGGGUGGUUCAAGAUUUGCCUGAAAUGCCAAAUACAGAGUGCUAUUCUUUCAAUAGUACUUCAGCUUUCUUUUCAUAUUCAUUUUUAUGGGAACUCAAAGGAAAACCUGUUCUACCUGGAACUGAACAUUAUGAGGAUAUACCAUCAGUUUUAGACUGUUUUACUACAGAGUUUUGGGAAUAUUUGAAGAUACAAGAACAAUUUGAUGGGAAGAUUCAUUGUGGUGAACUUUACAAUUCGUCGCGAGUAAUAGAAAGUUUGUACCUUGAUUUAAUGGCCAAAGAAUAUGAUGGAUUGAAGCAAUGGGCUAUAGGUCCGUUCAAUCCUUUAGAGCCAAAAGAGAAGAGCAAAGACUCAAACAAACGUUACGAAUCCCUCGAUUGGCUUGACAAACAAGAACGAAACUCAGUUAUUUUUGUGUCAUUUGGAACGACUACUUCGUUGUGUGAUGAAGAAGUCAAAGAACUCGCGAUUGGUCUAGAGAAAAGCGAGCAAAAGUUCAUUUGGGUACUCAGAGAUGCUGAUAAAGGAGAUGUUUUUACAAGUGAAGUUAGAAAAGUACAAUUGCCUGAAGGAUAUGAAGAGAAAAUACAAGGAAGAGGGAUUAUAGUUAGAGAUUGGGCACCCCAAUUGGAAAUAUUAGCACAUAAUUCAACAGGCGGUUUUAUGAGUCAUUGCGGAUGGAAUUCGUGUAUGGAGAGUAUUUCCUUUGGAGUUCCUAUAGCAACCUGGCCAAUGCAUUCAGAUCAGCCAAGGAAUUCUCAACUUGUAACAAAGUAUUUGAAAAUUGGACUAACUGUUAGGCCAUGGACGCGUCGAGAUGAACUUGUUACAUCAGAAAUGGUUGAAAAUGCUGUGAAAACUUUGAUGGCUUCACCACAGGGAGAUGAGAUGAGGAAAAGAGCAGCUGAUUUGAGUAAUGCUAUCAAGAAAUCAGUAACAGAUGGGGGCGUAAACUGCGCUGAGAUGGAUUCUUUCAUCACCCAUAUUACUCGUUGAGUUUUUCUUAGUUAGCACAAGAUCGAGGUAUAAUGUAAGAAAACAUAUCAAUACACUAUAUAUAGGGAAUGCUAUGACAAUGAAAACAUAUUCUCAUUUACUCUC